AUGGCGCCGGCAGGUGGUGGAAAUAUCAAGGUGGUGGUGAGAGUGCGUCCCUUCAAUGGCCGAGAAAUCGAUCGCGGAUCGAAACGCAUCGUCGAGAUGAAAGGGAGCCAGACCGUCCUCACCUUCCCCGACGGCCACGGUGGCAAAGGCGCAAAGGACACCGGGGCCAAGACGUUCGCCUUUGACCGGUCGUACUGGUCCUUCAACAAGGACGAUCCCAACUACGCCGGGCAAUCGAACCUGUUUGACGAUCUAGGAGCGCCGCUCCUAGACAAUGCCUUUCAGGGCUACAACAACUGCAUCUUUGCCUAUGGUCAGACCGGUUCCGGAAAGUCCUACUCCAUGAUGGGCUAUGGAAAGGACGUCGGCAUCAUCCCAAACAUCUGCCAAGAAAUGUUCAAGCGAAUAGAUACCAUCCAGGAGGACAAGACCACCAAAUGCACGGUAGAGGUGUCCUACCUCGAAAUCUACAACGAGCGUGUUCGCGACUUGCUCAACCCUUCGACCAAGGGCAACUUGAAAGUCCGAGAACAUCCGUCAACAGGCCCGUACGUCGAGGAUCUCGCAAAGCUUGUUGUUGGCAGCUUUCAGGAAAUCGAAAACCUGAUGGACGAGGGCAACAAGGCCAGGACGGUUGCUGCCACCAACAUGAAUGAAACAUCCAGUCGAAGUCACGCUGUCUUCACCCUGAUGCUUACCCAGAAGAGAUACGAUACCGAGACAAAGAUGGAAAUGGAAAAGGUAGCCAAAAUCAGCCUGGUCGAUUUGGCUGGUUCUGAACGAGCAACCUCGACCGGCGCCACUGGCGCGAGAUUGAAGGAAGGCGCUGAAAUCAACCGAUCCCUGUCCACUCUAGGCCGAGUCAUUGCCGCGUUGGCCGACUUGUCGACGGGCAAGAAGAAGAAGGGCGCAACGACGCAGGUCCCGUAUCGAGACAGUGUUCUCACAUGGCUGCUGAAGGACUCUCUCGGUGGAAACAGUAUGACGGCCAUGAUAGCAGCCAUCAGCCCUGCAGACAUCAACUAUGACGAAACCCUCAGCACCUUGCGGUACGCCGACUCGGCCAAGAGAAUCAAGAACCACGCCGUCAUCAACGAAGAUGCCAACGCUCGUAUGAUUAGAGAACUGAAAGAAGAGCUGUCCCUUUUGAGAAGCAAGCUGGGUGGCGGUGCGGCGGCGCCAGGAGGAGCACCUGUUCCCGCAGAGGAGGUCUAUGCUGAGGGAACACCGCUGGAGAAGCAGAUAGUGACCAUCACUACUGCCGACGGCACAGUCAAGAAAGUGUCCAAGGCAGAUAUUGCGGAGCAGCUGAACCAGAGCGAGAAGCUGCUGUCCGACUUGAACCAGACGUGGGAGCAGAAGCUGCAGAAAACCGAGGAGAUCCACAAGGAGCGAGAGGCGGCACUGGAGGAGCUCGGCAUCAGCAUUGAAAAGGGCUUCAUCGGCCUGAGCACCCCAAAGAAGAUGCCUCACUUGGUCAACCUGUCCGACGAUCCCCUCCUGGCCGAGUGUCUAGUGUACAAUCUCAAGCCCGGAAGGACGUCUGUGGGCAACCUCGACACAAACGCCGAUCACCAGGUCAACAUUCGUCUCAAUGGAACCCGAAUCCUCCAUGAUCACUGCAAGUUCGAAAAUAAUGCCGACGGAACCGUCAUGGUUGUGCCCUCUGAAGGAGCUUCCGUCAUGGUCAACGGCAAGCGGAUAACAGAGCCCAAGCAGCUUCAUUCCGGUUACCGCGUCAUCCUCGGUGACUUCCACAUUUUCCGUUUCAAUCACCCCUUGGAAGCCAAAGCCGAACGGGCCGAGGUGGGAUCGAGUCUUUUGCGACAGUCCAUCACGGCGAGCCAACUCCAAGCCCUUGACCGAACACCGUCCCCUCGUCCCGGCCACGAGAGGUCGAUGAGCAAGGUGUCUGAUUUCGGAGACUCAAGACCCGAGUCUCCCGCUUCCUUUUCGCGGAACGGUCGAGAUUCGGAUUGGUCGCUUGCUCGUCGUGAGGCAGCUGGCGCUAUUCUCGGUACUGAUCAGAACUUCACCAGCUUGACGGACGAGGAACUGAAUUCUUUAUUCGAGGAGGUCCAGAGAGUCAGAGCUGAACGUGUUAAUGGCAGGGAAGACGGCGAGGAUACCGAGUCGGUCACGUCAUACCAGCUGCGGGAAAAGUACAUGUCUACGGGAACCAUUGACAACUUGUCCCUUGACACAGCUCUUACCAUGCCGUCGACACCGAAGCAGGGAGAGAACGAUGAGAGACUAAAAGAGGCGCGGGAGGAGAUGCAAAACCAGCUGGAGAGGCAAAAGGAAGAGUUCCAAGAGAAGCUGAAGAGCGCAGAAGCGGCAAGUGUCGAGGUUGCGGAAAUCAAGAAGGAGAAGGCCAAGAUGGAGACGGCUCUGCUCGAACUCAAACACGACAUGCAAAAGCAACUGAACCAGCAGCGAAAGCAGUACGAGGAAAGGAUCGACAUGAUGGACCCCCUGAAGCGUCCCAAGGCCAACCCGAAACUGUCGGAAGAAGAAGUCGGGCUGGCGAAGAAAGUGGUGAAGGCAUGGCGGGGCCGACACUUUGUCAAGAUGGCCGAAACCGUUCUACAAAGCGCCGCUGUAUUGAAGGAGGCUCAGAUCAUGAGUAACGAGCUGGAGGAGAGCGUCGUGUUUCAAUUUGCUGUGGUGGACAUUGGCCACGCUCUGUGCUCCUCGUACGACAUGGUUCUCAAUGGGCUGACGGGCGAGGGGGAGGACCCUGCUCUGGAGGAGACACCGAAACCUUGCAUCGGCGUCCGCGUCAUCGACUACAAGAACAACGUGGUCCAUCUCUGGAGCUUGGAGAAGCUGCAUGAUCGCGUUCGUCAGAUGCGCCAGAUGCACCAGUACCUCGACCAGCCAGAGUACGCGCAGCAUUUGAGCCUCGAUAACCCGUUCGUCGAGACCUGCAUGCCGUCGUAUACGCUUGUCGGAGAAGUGGAUGUGCCCCUGAGAGCUGUAUUCGAGAGCCGCGUGCAAGAUUUUUCGCUCGACGUCCUGUCUCCGUACACGUCCCAUGCGAUCGGCAUCGUGAAGCUGUCGCUGGAACCGUCCCAUGCGCGAGCGCCGACAAACACUCUCAAGUUCAAUGUCGUCAUGCAUGAGCUCAUCGGUUUUGCCGAACGGGAGGGAACCGAGGUACAUGCGCAGCUCUUCAUCCCCAGCGUUUCCGAGGAGGACAGCGUCACCACGACGCAGAUGAUCACCGAGUUCGACGAAGGUCCCGUUCGAUUCGAGAGCGUGCAUAACAUGAGCGUAUCCCUGUUUGCCUCUCCAGACGUGACUAUGCGAGCGUCCAUCUUUGCAAAGGUCUCGACGAUGCACUUGGACAAGCUCCUGAGCUGGGACGAUAUGAGAGACGCGUGUCCGACGCGCGAUGCGGUCAAGGGCUCGCGCAUCAACGAGUCUCAGUUCUUCACCCAAGAGAAGCAUGACCUGUUGUCCCGAGUCCAGAUUAUGGAACUCGACGAGAAUGGCGAAUACCAACCGGUCGAGGUCAGCCAGACGAGCGAGCUUGACACGGGUACCUUUCAGCUGCACCAAGGUCUGCAACGGCGGAUCAGCAUCAACGUUUCUCAUAGCUCAGGCGACGCUCUGCCGUGGGAUGACGUUACCGCCGUGCGGGUGGGCAGAGUUCGACUCGUUGACUCUGCCGGCAAGACUCCUGACAUGGGCUCCUGCGAACCUGAUGUCUCGCUGAAGCUCGCCUCCAGCCCUGUUUACCGCGAGAACCCCAACGGAACGCGAAGCAUCACAAUCUACGCUCAGUGGGACUCGAGCCUGCACAACUCGCUCCUGCUGGACAGGGUGACUGCGGAUAAGUACCGGGUGCAGAUGACGAUCCACUGGGAGAUUAGCUCGGAAAAGCUGGCGGAGCCGAUGAAGUUUGCCCAAAAGGUGUGCGUGCAGAUCCUUUCGCGCGCGUUUGUGCGCCAGACAUCCGUGUUUUCAUCGCUCUGGCAGCACGUGCGGUUUGUCCGUUCCUCCACCGGCGUCUUCACCGUGACCAUGCGCCCCGCCCCGGUCAAGAGGGUCGGCGACCUGUGGCGGAUGAACAGCCAGCACGACUACGUCAAGGGCGAGGAGGACCUGACGAGGUGGGCGCCGCGCGGCGUCUCUCUUGUCCGUGACUUUAUUGUGGCACGCAAGAGGAGGAGACGGGUGGCCGAAAUCGGGUCGUUGCAGACGGCGCUGCACGGGCUGGCGGUGGACAUGACGGGCGCCCGGGAAGCCGAUGGGGAGGCGGAGCCGGAAGCGGAACCCGUGCCGGAUGUGAAGCCAAUCAUUCCCGACGAUGACGAUGACGUUCUCAACGACACCCCAGACACGUCGCAAGCGCCUUCUGUCGACGACGGAUCCGACGGCGAGGGCGAGGCAGAAGAGGAAGAAGAAGAAAGGACUAUCAAGGUGGAAACCCGGGGACAAGCCGCCACGACAGAGGCCGCAGAUGAAGGGGGGCCAGGCGCGGAUACCGAACAGCAGCCCGAGUACGAUGAGCGUCAGACGGAGCUUCUCGAAAAGUCGCUGAAGCUGUGGCUCAAGUAUCCGGACCCGUUGAACAGCAUCCUCAGCCCUGCCAACACGGCACCUCCGACCAACGGCAUCGCGCCAGAGUCGUCUCCCGCUCCCAGCCUAAUCACAACCAUCAUCCGAGUCCCCAAGAACCCCAAGGUUCUCAAGGGAGGGUACCUGCUCGUCCCCAACAACGAUUCGACCCGAUGGGUGAAGCGCUUCGUCGAGCUGCGCCGGCCCUAUCUGCACAUCCACUCGGCAACCGACGGCGACGAAGUCGCCCUGGUCAGCUUGCGCAACUCCCGUGUGGACAGCCAACCCGGGGUCCUGGGCCUGCUCCACGGCCCGGACGACUAUGACGCGCCGCUGCAGGCCGGCAGGAGCAGCGGCAACUACGCCCCGGAUUUUACUCCCGGCCAUCGCCGCACGGCGUCCGGUCGCGUCAUUUCUACGGUCUGGACAGGAACGGGAGCUGGCGCCGCGGGAGGCGCCGGGCAGGGGCUGCAACGUCUCAGCGAGCGCAUGCAAUCCGCCGUGUUUGCCAUUUACGGCACAGACAACACGUGGCUAUUUGCCGCGCGUAGCGAAAAGGAUAAAAUGGAUUGGAUAUUCCGGAUCGACCAGACGUACAUGUCUGGUGAGAGCGCAUCCAACAGCGGCAUGAUGAGCCCGUAUCAAGGAAGCGAAUACUAA